AGAGCCCGAAACCGCACAAGUAUGGGUACUGAAUAGUUGUACAGUGAAGACACCAUCCGAACAACAGGCCAAUAAUCUCGUUGUACAGGGUCAGGAACAGGGGAAAAAGAUAAUUAUGGCUGGAUGUGUGUCACAGGCGGCACCAAGUGAACCGUGGCUUCAGAAUGUUUCGAUUGUUGGUGUUAAGCAGAUUGAUCGAAUUGUUGAAGUUGUUGGCGAGACGUUGAAGGGCAAUAAGGUGCGCCUGCUCACCAGAAACCGUCCGGACGCCGUUCUAAGCCUUCCAAAAAUGCGAAAAAACGAGCUAAUCGAAGUGCUCUCCAUCUCCACCGGUUGCCUUAACAAUUGCACAUAUUGCAAGACAAAAAUGGCUCGAGGAGAUCUUGUCAGUUAUCCGUUGGCUGAUUUAGUUGAACAAGCAAGAGCAGCAUUUCAUGAUGAAGGAGUUAAAGAGCUAUGGUUGACAUCAGAAGAUCUUGGUGCAUGGGGAAGAGAUAUUGGAUUAGUUUUGCCGGAUUUAUUGAGAGAAUUGGUCAAAGUGAUUCCGGAUGGAAGUAUGAUGAGAUUGGGAAUGACUAAUCCACCAUAUAUUUUGGAUCAUUUGGAGGAAAUCGCAGAAAUCCUGAAUCAUCCGAAAGUGUACGCUUUCCUGCAUAUUCCGGUGCAAAGUGCCUCAGAUGCUGUGCUCAACGACAUGAAACGAGAAUAUUCACGACGACAUUUUGAACAAAUUGCCGAUUAUAUGAUUGCGAAUGUCCCCAACAUCUACAUCGCCACAGACAUGAUUCUCGCAUUCCCGACCGAAACUUUGGAAGAUUUCGAAGAAAGUAUGGAACUUGUCCGGAAAUACAAAUUCCCAUCUCUAUUCAUCAAUCAAUAUUAUCCGAGAAGCGGUACUCCGGCCGCACGGCUCAAAAAAAUCGAUACGGUUGAAGCGAGAAAACGGACGGCCGCAAUGUCUGAAUUGUUCAGGUCGUACACAAGAUAUACUGACGAACGAAUCGGAGAACUUCAUCGUGUUCUUGUGACGGAAGUUGCGGCGGACAAACUUCACGGAGUUGGCCAUAACAAGAGCUACGAGCAGAUUCUCGUUCCCCUCGAGUACUGUAAAAUGGGAGAAUGGAUCGAAGUCCGGGUGACUGCUGUGACCAAAUUCAGUAUGAUCUCUAAGCCCGCGUCGAUUCAGGAAGAUCAGCAGCCGCUGAGCCUUAUGCACCUCUUCCCACUUGCAGUAUUCUGCCUCGUACUCAUCACUCUCUACUCGGUCGAUCGAUUCUUGUACCCGGGAUUCUUUGAAGAAUGGCUUCCGUUCUUGGCUGAUGCUCAUCAUGAUGAGCAGCAGGCCGAGAUGUGGGAGCACCACGACAACUCGGAUCCCGUUUUUUAUGAAUAAAAUCGGAUAUCGUUUUUUUUUUAAAGGAGGACUUACGAUUUUGAACGUAUAGACCCGAAAUGAGCUCGAAUGAACGAAUUUCGUAAUAAAACUUCUCAAAAAUUGUUCAAAAUUUUUUAUGGUGGUUUAAAAUUUCAAAAAAUUACAAUUACACUGAUUUUAGCUAAAAUCUCGAAUUUUGUCCACUUUUCUGUGUUGCAUCUAUCCGAUUUUGACUUUUUUUUUGGAAUUAUCAUACCUUAUUGCAUCUUUUGUUACUUUAUCUCAUUUAAUUUCGUUGAUUAAAGUAGGAGUAGCGCCAGUGGGGAAAAAAAAUUUUCUCUAAAUUUUAAAUAAUUUUUUGAAAAUUGAAAAAUCCCAGUUUUUGCCUAAUUCCUAUUUGAAUUACCGCCAAUUGGAUUUGUUCGAUGGAGCGCGCUUGUACGUUUUUAAAUUUAUUUAUUUUAUUUUUUGUUAUUUUCCACCGAUUUUUAAUGUUUUCGGUGUAUUUUUGCUCGAAUUUUAGAGAACAAGUCAAGAUAAAUGCAAAUUUUCGAUUAAAAAGCACGCUGACAGGCGUAAAUCAGUGAAGUUAAUUAAUUCAGGUUUGAAAUCGUUUAAAAUCGUUAAUUUUUCAUUUUUACGCCUGUCAGCGUGCUUUUUAAUCAAAAAUUUGCAUUUAUUUUGACUUUUUCUGUAAAAUUCGAGCAAAAAUACACCGAAAACAUUAAAAAUCGGUGGAAAAUAACAAAAAAUAAAAUAAAUAAAUUUAAAAACGUACAAGCGCGCUCCAUCGAACAAAUCCAAUUGUCGGUAAUUCAAAUAGGAAUUAGGCGAAAACUGGGAUUUUUCAAUUUUCAAAAAAUCAUAUAAAAUUUAGAACAAAUUUUUUCCCCACUGGCGCUACUCCACCUUUAAUCAACGAAAAUGAGAUAAACUACCAAAAUAUGCAAUAAAGGAUGAUAAUUCCAAAAAAAGUCAAAAUCGGAUAGAUGCAACACAGAAAAGUGGGCAAAAUUCGAGAUUUUAGCUAAAAUCAGUGUAAUUGUAUUUUUUUUUCGAAAUUUGGAGCCGCCAUAAAAAAUUUUUGAACAAUUUUUGAGAAGUUUUAUUGCGAAAUUCGUUUAUUUGAGCCAAUUUUGGGUCUAUACGUUUAAAAUUUCGUUAGUCCUCCUUUAAUCGUUCUUGUUGCUUUUACUCUGUUCUGUUUUUUUUUCUUUUUUGUUCUAAUAAAAAUCUCUUGUUUCA